AUUUCACAUUGGUAGAAUAUUGUUGGCUCUUUACACGACGUCAAUGCGGCUUGAAAUGUGUUUGCGACGUGUUAGCCGCUUCUAGUAUCAAUUUGUAAUAAAUUCCUAUUUCUUUAUGCGAUAACUGGAUAUGGAUUUAAUAAAGGAUAUACAUCAGAUGCCAAAUAAAAGUGAAGCAGAAUUGACUGUGGAAGAAAAAAUGAGGGUAGAGCAUAUAAAGAUGCACGAAAAACAUCGAGGUCACGAAUCUAUGCAUGCAGAAAUGAUGCUUAUAUUAUUUGUAACGUUAGCAGUAGCACAACUUGUAUUAGUUGAAUGGAAGAAAAGACACUUUAAAUCAUAUCAGUUUACAACAUUACUAGGCAUGUGGAUUAUUCCAUUUGGAAUAAGUUUAAAGAAUUACUGGUUAAGAUUUGUAUUUUUGUGGCUUUUAAUUUCUUGUAUAACAUGUCUAGUAGUAAGAAAAGCAACUGAAGAGCCAGUAAAAGGUACAACACCAAGGCUAGUAUACAAAUGGUUCUAUUUUAUUUAUAAACUCAGUUAUGCACUAGGCAUAGCUGGUUAUGUUAUGACGUUACUUACAUUCUUUGGUGUAAAUCUUGUAUUUGAUGUGAAACCUCACAUUUGGAUGGAUUGGGGCAUCUUGCUUUUAUUUUAUGGGCUUUAUUUUGGAGUACUGGGAAGGGAUGUUGCCGAAAUAUGUGCCGACUCAAUGGCAUCACAUAUCGGGUAUUAUGCUCCAGGUGGCAUGCCAACCAGAACUCUGGAGCCAAAUGUUUGUGCGGUAUGUGGUAAUAAGUUCUUAAUUUCUGAGUACGAGGAAGGUGUGAUCGAAAAUGUCUACAAACUCAACUGUGGACAUGUUUUCCACGAAUUUUGCAUCAGAGGCUGGUGUAUCGUCGGGAAGAAGCAGACUUGUCCCUAUUGUAAGGAGAAAGUCGAUUUGACGAAGAUGUUUCGUAAUCCUUGGCAACGGCCUCAUGUUUUAUACGGCCAUUUGCUGGAUUGGUUAAGGUGGCUUGUUGCUUGGCAACCUUUAAUUAUGUUCCUUGUUCAAGGUAUCAUUUGGGCACUGGGCCUUGAAGUAACAGAUACGCAUGAGGAGGUGGAUCCGUCCGAGAUGACGCCCGUUGUGAGCAAUUAGCGAGUGUGCGCCAUAUUGUCGUGUAGUUUAGCAGCUGGCAGAUAAGUAUUCCUAUUCACGCAAGCGAGCAAGCGAUUCGAAAGCGGAGGGCUGCUGCAUCUCUCCACGGAAGGAGAAUCUCGGUUUGUGUCGAUCGAUCUUCUGCCACCGUGCGCGGGACCAAGUGAAAAUUCGGCUGUAGGAGCAAAACGAUUGCUACAGAGGAAAAGUUUCCACCCCAUGCAGCGCAGAAGUUGCAGUAAUAUUGCUGCAACGUUGCAACAAUGUUGCUUAAACAUGAACUCAAGAAAGUUGUAGCAAUAUUGCUGCAACGUUGCAGCAAUGUCUUGAUCGAGUUCUAAACGAAUAGCCCGAUAGCCAACGUUCUCGGCUCCGGAGAUAUCGCUUCUCGUUGGCGAGCUUUCGCUUGGUCCGCGUUCGGUAACUGAACGGACUCUGAGAGCUUCUCUCCUCCAUUUCGCGCGGGUCUGUGGGGAAGGAUGUGUGAUCGCGUUGGACGCGCGUAGAGUCCAACGUACGCUGUGUGUGGGCGUAAUAAGAGAGAGAGAACAAUGACAACAACUUGCCAGUGAUGUUACUAAAAGACUUUAAUUAACUUUCGUUAUUGUUGUUAUUGUUAUUAUUAUUAGCAUCAUUAUCGAUAGAAAAACAACUUUCAUCACAUCACGUAUCUCACCAUAGGUACUCGUCGGACAUCGGACCCGUCGCGAGAAUAUCGUAGUAUCACCGCGCAUGUAUAUUCAUAUAUGUACUUGUAUUUACAUAUAUACUCGUUUGUAUACACUUAUAGUCUAAAGCUCCUCCUCGCGACUUAUGCGUGGGAUAAAUUACUUUGCGGCCGUGGGACGGGGUGGGUGGUAACAGAGGGGGAGGGGGUGAGAACACACUUAACGGUAAUCCCUUCAACGGGUCCGACAAACAGAGGUUUAAUGUUGUUCGAUAUAAAUAUAAAUAUGUAAACAUAUAUAUAUGUGAAAUGUAUACGCACACGUGUAUAUAUAUAUAUAUAUAUAUAUACAUUUACAUAUUUAUCGAUUUAUUCACUUGUAUGUUUUUGGCUUGGAUGGUUCAGACGCCACGAUACGACGGGAUCGUCGGGAUGGGUCCAGGGGCAGACAUUCACACAAACACGGGGAAAUUUUAUAGAUAUAUUUAUUGAGUACUUAGCGUGUAAGAGUAUAGAAUAUGUCACCUUACUGUUAAAUAUAUCAUUACAUGG